CUGCCUCUCACGCACCUCCAGCAGCCGGGCCCGCCGCCAGCCGUCCGUUCGCACGCUCGCCCUGUUUUUUCGCCCGCACCGUGCUCUGGCAUUCUCCCCCAUCCACCGCAGCGAGUCGUGGAGCCCGGCCCCCGCCCUUGCCCCGUGCCCCCAUCCGUCCCAGGCCCCCUAUCUUCGGCCCCGCCCGACGUCCCAAGCCCGCACGCCGCCAUCCUCAUAACCGCCGCCCGUGCACACCAGUGCCUCCGUGCCCACUCGUCGCCCCGUCCUUCCAUCUUCCGGGGAACGCCUCUCUGCUAUGGACAACAACCCCCUGGACCACUCGUACCCCGUGGCCCGCACCCUGGCGUCCUCCCCUCGCAUCGCCCGCAGCAGCUCGCCCGGCCCCGCUGCCCCCGCCUUGGCCCCCCUCGGCUCCUCGCCCCGGCCCGAAUCGCUGGCCCCGGACCCCGGCCUCCCGGCCCCGAAACGCCACUACAGCAUGUCAGCGUACGCAAACAGCCCGUCGUCCAAGCGCUGCCACAACCCGCUCCAGGCACAGCUCCCGCUCCACAGCAGCGCGCCGGCCACGCAGAACUACGCCAGCACGGCGUCCGCGGCCCGCCUCAACUCCGCACCGGCCCGCCGCUCCGUGCGCAGGGGCUCCCAGUUCGCCUCGCCCCUGGCGCUGCAGGCGCCGCUCCACAGCAAGACGCCCACGCCUCCGUCAGCCUACGACGUGCCGGCCAGCCCUAACGGCACGGCCGCGUCCGCACACAACAACUCCGACCUGUCGGCGUCCAGCCCCGCCGUGGACCAGGGCAGCGCGGGCCAGCAGGGCCAGCAGGCCCCGCUACUGCACCGCCUGUCCAUGCUGCUCCCGCCGGCCGCGUCCACGCAACAGCGUGCCAUGUCCGAGGAGGAGCAGCAGCUCGCCAACAAGUUGAAGGAGACGUACAAAAACAUCGUCAACUUCGAGGAGGUGGUGCAGAAAGGCUGCGUGGACUUGACGGUCAAAAUCAGCCACCGCAACUUGGCGGGCGCCAGCCCGCUGGUGUACGUGCAGGCUUUCCCGGAGCCCAUGCCGCUCGCGGCCACCUCCGCGUCCACGACGGAGCUCUCUAACGACUUGUGGACCAUCUACCACCACAACAUCACGCUCCUCAACAACUACCAUGACUUCUUGAUCACAGCCCUCAAGCCCACCGCCAACACCACCCAGUUCAAGACCGGCCGCAACAUCGUGGACCUCUACAAGAUCCCCCGCCGCAUGUGGGUGUACGGCAUCGUUGGGUACUUGGAAGUCUUGAAGAACAUGAUGAGCAUCUUCCAGGACCACGAGAUCUUCCUGUGCUUUAUCGCCUAUUGCUUCAGCGUGGUGUCCAACUUGACCGACCCGGCCUUGGAGAUGGAGGGAUGGUGGUGCGAGAAGUUGGGCGACUUGUCCAGGAUGGCCAUCGCCCUAUACUCCUCCAGAUUCAUCGACUGGAAAAUCAGCGCCGAGUACUGGUAUGCGGUCUCGAUGAAAACCAUGUACGGGCACGGGAAAAUAUAUUACCACAUGUGCACCGUCCAGCAGGACAACUUGGACGCGCUCGUAAACAUCGGCAAAUCCGUCAACUGCCGCGAUCCCUUUGUCCCAACGCAGCAGUACCUCAGAUUGGUCGUUGAGAACAUUUGCACCCAGCGGAAUAUCCUCUCCCUCCUUGAACUCCCCAUCAUCGACUUCAUCAAAAUCCACAAGGUCCUCAUGAGUAUCUACCCCGGCCAGAACAGACUCUCACCCAGCUCUGGUGGUUCCCUGCCGAUGGAAAACAUCCACGAUGCUCAAUUGCAGUACGGUAUAGAUUUGGUCACCAGGUAUGGAAUCACAUUCGGAUGCGACUCCCAGGGUUACAACUUCUUCACGAGAACAUUCUGCCUCCCUGGUGGAUUGCAGACUAGAUUUGGUGCGGACCCAUUCAAUCUGUUUCUUCAGCAGCAGCAGCAGCAGCAGGACCAUGAUCAAAAUUCAAACUCGUUAGAUUCUAUCGAGAAAAUGAACUUUUGGUUCAAUAAAGGCGCUCUGUUUGCAAUUUCCAAUAUCAAUCAUCUUAUCGGGUUCGGUGAUCCAAGAAAUCCAUUUGCAAAACUAUUUCAGCUUCCUGAAGCUUUGAGAGAAAGGAAAGACAAGAAGGAAAGAAAGAAGAGAUCAAAGUCACAAAGCAUACCUGAGGAUGGUUCGGGCGGAAUUCCCCCACUUCUCAACGCAAAUAUAUCCGGUACCGAUAGUCAGCUUCUUCUAGCCUCUGAACUUUCUGCUAUUGAUUGGUUUUUGUGUCUUUCGCAUAUCAACAAAUCUGUUUUGGAAUUGUCUUUUAGAAUCCUCAACUAUUAUCUCAUUGGCCCAAAACAGGCUUCCACGUGCCAUGUCAUAGUAUGGCUUUAUUUCCUCAUUGCCGUCGGCGAGGCUUCCAAAAUAAUCCCUACUUCCAGGAAUAUGUUUCUUUGGCUUUUCCGCAAAUUCUUCCCUUGGGAAGCACUCAUAAACUACCUCAAUACAUUGGUGGCAGUUGCCACGAACAAUUCCGAAUUGAACACAAUAUGUCGCGAGUACCUCGUACAUCACUCAGACUACAUCGAAUAUUUCAAUCAGCUGGAAUUCCUACCCGAAGUUUGGAAAUGUUGGGGAUCUCUAUGGUUCGACGUCAUUAGUCCAAAGCAAGAUUAUAGUGACCUUGAGUCGGCAGGAAUACUCAAUCACGACUUGUUUGACAUCCCCCAUUGUGGAACGUCUCCAUCCAUAAACAUUGCAAAUCAAGAGCUGCAAGAAAGAUCGAAAAAGAAGGACAAUCAAGAGCUUGAUAAUGACAAAAGGCUUGUUAGAAUAAUUCUCUUGGCAAGAUAUUUGGCGGAUGGGUUUGAUUUCGGUCUCGUACGAACUGCAGAUGGCUUCAAAUUUGACCGGCAAAUUUACAAGGAAACUGAAAGUAACGACUUGGUAAGAUCUGCUGCUCCAGAAAACGCUGCCGAGAUUUUUCAAUUUAUUCGUGAUGUUUUUUAUUCCGACGGGAGGCUUACUCAAAAUGAUUUCAUUACCCCUAUAUCACCCGAAAAUAUUGUGGACAUUGCCGAAGCAACAACACUCAAUUCUCAAGAGAAGGACGAGCAAUGGUUCGGAUUUGAUUACGAGGAACUACUGCCCCAUCAUGGUGAUGGUUUUUACGUCGAGCGAAGACAAGUUGAUGAAGAUAUGGAGGGAUAUUCACAUUCUGAAAUGGAAGAGGAUCCCUCUGAUUCAAAUCAGCACUCGCGCACACGUGCAUUAAGCAAUGAUUUACAUACUUCUUUGCAUCAUCAUGAUGAUCCCGAAAAUGUGCUUAUUCAUGGAAACGAACCUGGCAAUUUUGACGAGUUUUAUAGCUCAAUUAACCCGCAAUAUUUGUCACCAAUGAACAGAGCUGACCUUCAGUUUGAGGGUGACUUAGGUGAUCGUAUGGAUACUGGUCUUACCUACAUCACCUUAGAUACGAAUAUUUGGUUGAAGCAUUGCGGUAAAAUUUUUAAAUGUGUUCGCAGCAAAGUUAUAAAGGUUCUGAUCCCCUUAAUUGUUUUUCAAGAGUUGAGAUCUUUGAGAAAGUCAGCAGAAGCUACAAUUGCAGAUGCAGCAACAAGGUCUGUCAUUAUCAUUCGUGAACUUUAUUAUGCUAAAGAUAUUUUACCUUUGAGAUUUGAUGGUACAGUCGCAAGCGAUAUAAAUGAGACCGCGGAGUUUGAGAACAAUGCCAACUGGAUGAGUAACGUGGAUCUGACAAUGUUGAAUGUGGUUAACGAACAUGAUGAAAUUAGCAAAAGACUCUUCAAAGGCUUGAACGUCAAAAUCCAUGGACCCAAACCUCUUACUUUGGACAGCAAGAGUGCCAAGCUUUUCAGGUAUUGCAUUUUAAUCACGGAUGACCGCAACAUGAGGUUAAGAGCAAAGACCUCUGGCUUAACAAGCUUCCAGAGUAAGUGGCUUUUCGGUCAAUUGGAGAGUCUUUGCUCAGACAAAUGUAUAGAUUAAGCACGUUCGCACAUGGGAGCCUCUCUUAUUGUGGACAAUACAGCACAUACAUUACUAAUAAGACCAAUCUUGAAGCCUGAGAUGUUUCAAAUUGUUUCGAUAGUGGUAUAUAAGAAAAUAAAAUCAAAUGGAAUAAGAAAUGAAUGCGA